AUGACCGACUUGCCAGACUUCGACGCAUUCGUGAAGAAGAUAUCUGGAGAUGUAAUAACUCCAGAUCACCAUUCGUAUCCAGCGGCAAUCGCUCGUUGGGCAAGAAACGCUGAGCGCCCAGCGAAGGUGGUCGUCUUCGUCAAGUCCACAGACGAUGUCGCCCACUCCAUCGCGUACGCAAAAGCCAACAAACUCCUCUUCGCGAUUCGUGGAGGAGGGCACAACGCGUCGGGCGCUUCAUCUGCUAAGGAUGGACUGGUGGUAGACAUGUCACGGUACUACAAAACUGUUAGGGUGGACGCGGAGCAGAAGCUCGCAUACGUUGGUGCUGGUUGUGUAUGGCACGACGUGGAUGUGGAGGCAAUCAAGUAUGGAUUGGCCACUGUCGGUGGAACAAUCAGUCACACUGGUGUUGCAGGACUCACGCUCGGUGGAGGAUACGGCUGGCUCAGUGGUCGACACGGUCUGACUGUCGACAACUUGCAACAGGCGACACUGGUACUUGCAGACGGAUCUGUUGUCGUUGCCAGCGAAACUUCCAACCCAGACCUCUUCUGGGCUAUCCGUGGUGGUGGCUCAAACUUUGGUGUCGUGACGGAGUUCGUCCUGCGUCUGCACCCGCAAAGGAAGACUAUUUUCGGUGGAAUGGCCUUGUACACUAUGGAUCAAAUAGAAAAGCUCAUCGAGGUUACUCGACGAUGGUGGCCCAAUAUCAAGCCUGACGAAGGCAUUCUCAUGGCCACUGCUGCUGAUGCUGCGGGAACUGCUACUAUGCCCACUUUCUUCUUCUACAAUGGAUCUGAAGAAGAAGGUCGAGCGAACUUCAAAGAAUUCUUCGAUAUUGGGCCAGUCGUAAACACCACCAGAGACAUGCCAUACGAGGAACUGAACACACAGAUGGACGUGAUUCUCUGCCACGGGAAGUGCUAUUACUUCAAAGGAGUCGCCCAAAGCGAGCCCGACUAUCCGAGCACACUUCAGAUCCUGAACCGAGGCGCCGAACUCGCCAAAUCCGGGGAAUUUACCCCUGGGAUCCUCUACGAAUACUUCCCUCGCUCCAAGAUCAAUUCUGUUCCGUUCGAUUCGACCCCGUUCCGGAGGAUGGCAUCUGGAAACAUCCUCGUCAUGGUUCUCUGGGAAGAUUCCCCUGAAAAGACUGCCAGGGCUCGCGAGGUCGUCAAUGACAUGAUCGACAAUAUGAUCAUGCCUAGGCAGACUCUCGUCCCUGAGGAGGAUAAAGCUGGGUAUACCAACUAUGACCUCGAAAUUGCUCCACUCCCCGGAUCCGUUGGACGCGAUGCUCAGUACGAGAAGGCUCGCCAGUCGUUUGGCGCCAACCUGCCUCGCUUACAGGAGAUUAAGAAGAAAUACGAUCCGGAAGUCUUCUUCAACCGCUGGUGCCCUGUUCCUCCCGCGUAG